ACAACUCCUCACAAAAAUGGCAUCCUUUCCAACCUGCUCUUCCGCGGAGCUUACCCCUCUCCUUGGCCUAUCCGCUAACGCCACCGCAGCCGCCGACUACAUAUGCAACCGCUUCACAGCCACGUCCGAUAAAUUCACAACCACGACAUAUGCCAUUGACAACACUUACCUUUUAUUUUCAGCAUACUUAGUAUUUGCCAUGCAACUUGGGUUUGCCAUGCUCUGUGCAGGCUCUGUUCGGGCCAAAAACACUAUGAACAUAAUGCUCACUAAUGUCUUGGAUGCUGCAGCUGGAGGCAUUUCUUACUACGUUUUUGGGUUUGCGUUCGCCUUUGGUGGACCGUCUAACGCCUUCAUUGGCAAACAUUACUUUGCCCUGAAAUCGAUCCCUUCGGCGGUAUAUGACUAUAGUUUCUUUUUAUACCAAUGGGCCUUUGCUAUAGCUGCUGCUGGUAUUACUAGUGGUUCCAUUGCUGAAAGAACUCAGUUUGUGGCUUACCUCAUUUACUCUUCCUUCUUGACAGGUUUUGUAUAUCCAAUAGUGUCACAUUGGGUGUGGUCUAGUGAUGGUUGGGCUAGUGCUACAAGGACAAGUGGCAGUCUUCUGUUCGGGUCAGGGGCCAUUGACUUUGCUGGCUCUGGUGUGGUCCAUAUGGUGGGUGGGGUUGCUGGUCUAUGGGGUGCUUUAAUUGAAGGUCCAAGAAUCGGUAGAUUUGACCGUUCUGGUCGUUCUGUGGCCUUACGUGGCCACAGUGGGUCGCUUGUUGUUUUGGGCACAUUUCUUUUAUGGUUUGGGUGGUAUGGUUUCAACCCGGGUUCCUUUUUGACAAUCUCGAAAUCAUAUGGUACUUCAAAUGCUUUUUAUGGUCAAUGGAGUGCUGUUGGAAGGACAGCUGUCACUACGACAUUGGCAGGAUGCACCGCUGCGCUAACCACUUUGUUUGGCAAGCGCCUACUAGCUGGUCAUUGGAAUGUGACAGAUGUUUGUAAUGGCUUGUUAGGAGGUUUUGCAGCCAUUACUUCUGGUUGUGCAGUUGUUGAGCCAUGGGCUGCAAUUGUUUGUGGGUUUGUUGCAGCUUGGGUUCUUAUGGGAUGUAACUUGUUGGCAGAAAAGUUCAAGUAUGACGACCCAUUAGAGGCCGCCCAAUUACAUGGUGGAUGUGGGUCAUGGGGUCUUUUAUUUACAGGUUUGUUUGCUAAGAAAAAAUAUGUCCAUGAAGUGUAUGCAACUGGAAGGCCUUACGGGCUCUUUAUGGGCGGCGGUGGAAAGCUAUUAGCAGCCCAAAUCAUCCAAAUACUUGUGAUUUUUGGAUGGGUAAGUGUAACCAUGGCACCACUUUUCUAUGCCUUGAAAAAACUCAACUUGUUGAGGGUUUCAAAAGAAGAUGAAAUGCAAGGAAUGGAUCUGACCCGACAUGGUGGAUUUGCGUAUAUCUAUCAUGACGAAGAUGCUAGCUCUCACCCACCACCCGGGUUUAUGAUGAGAAAGAUCGAACCAACAAGUGCAAGUCCAUCACCAAAUCACAACGCAGUGUAGCUUUGUUACACAGUCUUCUUUUUGGGUUUAAGUUAUAGUUGGCUUUAAAAUCAGUCGGUAAUUAUUAUGCAUUUUAGUAGAAUAUUGGAAUUCCAGCUAUGGAGCUUAACUAGUUGUUUUCAUAAACGGGUUGUCAAGUGAGUUGGUUAUGGAAACAACAACGCUGUUGCUUCUGAGAUCCGAGAUGAGCCCGCGACAAAUGUGAUGUAUGUCUUUUUAAAUACGAACGAUUAUGUUGCGUAUGAUUGUAUCAAGAUAAGGUUCCUUAUGUUGGAGUUAUGUUCUUUUGUCUUAGUUUGGUUGUAAAGUUCAUACUUCACAAAUGAUUUGUGAAUAUAAUGUAAGAAAGAUCAAAGAUAAAUUGUUUA